UGCUUUGUGGAGGAUGGCAAAGCGCUUACGCUUGAAAUAACUACAAACAAUAUUGUAGUCGUGAACUUGGUAGGCAUAUCAAACCUGAAACUUUAUAGUCAUGGACGCAGCAAAGCGACGAAUAUCAAUGGGUUCCGGAUAGAAAUAUGCAAGAUCCUGAACACCAAAAUGCGUCCUUCCCUGGUGUCCUUUAUUUAUAAUGGUAUACUAGGAGCCGAUAACAAUUUGCCUGCUAAGUGUCCCUUCAGUAGGAACACCACCUAUGUAAUACGACGAAUGCAAUUUAGUUCCAAAUAUGUGCCUUCCAUUCUGACAGAGGGUAAUUUUACAUUCAAUGCAACAUUUUGGGGAACCAAUGGAAGUCUAUUUGACAUGAAAUUAGCAGGCUCAAUUUGUAAUAUGAAUCAUGAUUGCACUGGAUCUGGAAAUGUUACAACAUCCUGAUAUGUGUAUUGAAUGUAUUGUCAUUUUUCAUUCGUAAAUAAAAA